UUUGCUGAUGUAAAGCCACCAUAUUCUUACAUUGCUUUGAUAACCAUGGCUAUAGAAUCUUCGACUAGUGGUAUGAUGACACUGAAUGAGAUUUACGCUUUUAUCAUGAACAGAUUUCCAUACUUCAAGCAAAACCAACAAAGAUGGCAGAACUCGAUCCGUCACAAUCUUUCUCUAAAUGAUUGUUUUAUGAAAGUACCCAGAGGACCAGGACGUCCAGGAAAAGGAAACUACUGGUCUCUUCAUCCUUCUUGUGGAGAUAUGUUUGGUAAUGGUAGUUUUCUCCGAAGAGCUAAAAGAUUCAAGUUACCAAAG